AUGUUCCGCUCUCUUCUUGCAUCGACUCUGCUGCUGAUUCCAUUGGUAUUCGCAAAGGACGACUCGUCUGUGUUCUACUGCUUCGCACACACUAGUGAAACCGGAUUUGACCAGUGGCAUAUGAGUGUUCCUGCAACAGACAAGGUUUGCGAAACUCUGAGCAGUGGCCAGAAGUACGCCGACGAAAACGGUGGAUGCCGUAUCAAGCCGUAUGAUGUCAAGUGGUUCAAGGAACGCUGUGGUUACCACCGCGAGGGUAACAGAGAUCACAGCGCCGGCACAGUUCUUUCGCCUUCUGAGUAA